GAAAAUUGUCAAACAGCGACAUACAAAAGUCAAGAGUUGCUUCUAGAAAAUGACCGGUGAUCAUCCACAAUUUGGAAACCUUUUUUAUCUUAGAAAUAUUGUAUUCUACAAAAUAUCACCUUAUCACAUAAAAUUGUUUCCUAGUUUUCGGAUUAAAAAUACUAUACGAAGAAUAUUAUAUGAAGCGCCUUGGAUAGUACCACCAUUAGCACUGAGCUGCUUGGUAUACUAUUCUAUGGAUAAUUUACAUGAGAAAUAUCAAAGAAAAAUACCGGGACAAUUUGAUGACGAAGAUAAUAAAAAUGAUGAAAACAACAAAGAAUAAUAAGAAAAAUGUGAAUAAAAAUUUAUAGAAAUUUUACUUAUAUAAUUCUUCCUUUUUGUUAUUUCAUGAUGUAUAUUUUUUAGUUUUUUCUUGGUAAAAUAAUACCUCUUAAGAGAUUUACAAUAAAUAUUACGCUAUAAAAUAUA